UCCUCCUCCUCCUCCUCCUCCUCCUCUUCUGCCUAGACUAGACUAGGCCCUCAACGGCUAUCUCCCUCGAAAACUUUCCCCAUCUCGAGCAAGAAUCCCGAGAUCCCACCCUUUACCAGCCAUGAGGCCCGAGGAAGAACCGCCCGCCUUCAACCUGACCGAGGUCGACCGUCAGGUCCUCGCGCAGACCGACGAGGAGUUCAUUCUGCAUGACUGGGAGGACCUCAAGUCCAUCAUCGCCCGCAACGACCUCGGGAUCCUAAAACGCAAACCGUCCGACCUCCUCCGCUACCUCGCAUGGUCCAAAGAAACCAAACUAAAGUAUGGCACAAUAACCAACUACAUCUGUAAACAGCGCCUAGGAUGGCCCCUCCCCACCCCCUUCAAAAAUCCCACCCCCUUCGCCGACCCAUCCGACUACAAGAUCCUGCGCAACGACUGGCCGUACGGGAUGAGUCCCGGCAUCACGCACCUGGUCGUGUGGCUGCGGACGCCUGUGGCGGUGAAGGAGGAGAACGGGGAUGUGACGGAUGAGUCGAGGGCGUUGAUUGAGGGGUUUGUGCAGCGGACAUUUGUGGCGCGGAUUGCUGAUGCGGAUGGGGAUGGGGAUGCGGGGGAUCGCGUGCUCUGGUUUAAGAAUUGGACGGCGCUGCAGAGUGUGAGGAGUUUGGAGCACGUUCAUGUUUUGGUUAGGGAUGUGCCGGAGGAGUUGUUGUGGGAGUGGACGGGGGAGGGGCCGCCGAGGCACUGAUUGAUCGAGUCUUUUGGGGGUGUAAGGGGAGGGGGGAAGUCCUACAGAUAGGCAAGGAUACUACAUAGAAGAGAGUUAGAGUGAGGAGUAAAUAAGAAGUGAGCAAGGAGUGAGUGAGAAAUGA